UUUUCCCUUCGACUAAUUUUGAUUUCCUGAAAUGAACUUCUCCUAUUGUUAACUCUUUAUGACUUGUUUAUGAUUGAAUAAUCACAAGCUCACUUGAUGCAGACGUCUCUCCACCAUGUAUCUUCCUUUGGUAAUAUCUUUUACCUUUUACUCAAUCAUAUUCGUAAGAGCUAAACAUUGUACAAUCCAAACUAUUCUUCGUUGGAUUUCUUCACAUUUUGAUGUAGACGGUUCCUUGCUACAACCAUGUAUUUUUCAGGUAAAUCAAUCCCUUCUGAUUUUAUAUAUACCUUGAGGUGAUUCUCCAGCUUCUGUUGUAGCUCCAUUUUCCCACAAAUUUCUAACUAGUAUUGUGAAAUUUGCAGACCUUGUAUAGACUGUGUCGUCUUUAACCACCAUUUCUCAAAGGUAAUUUUCUUCUCUAAGACUUUUGACCUGUGUUUAAAAUGGCGCUCGCCUUUUGCGCCAUGGCGCUCGCCUUUUGCGCCAUGGCGCGAGGCGCAGUCAAGCGAUGGCUCUGUCGCCACGUACCACCUAGGCGAGGGUGGGUUCCGUAAGGCGCGCGCCAUGGGUGCCUUGUCGAGAAGGCGAGCAAGUCGAAGGCGUGCGACAUGGCGAGAUUUACGUAAACCGUAUCUAAACCAUAUUAGAACGUACUGCGGUUGCUUUGGUCGGAGUUAACACACACGUUUUAAUGUCUGAUGAGGCUGGGGUAGUGUUACACGUCGUGAAGUUGAUCCAGGAAGAAAAUAUAGGAUCAUGUUGAAUAACAAUUCCAACUCUUGGAAGUGUAUCUUCUGUAAGAAAGACUUCAACGCUGGAAUUUCACGUCUCAAGCAACACUUGAGAGGGGAUCAUAGGAAUGCCAAAGCUUGUACUUUAUGUCCACCACAUGUGAGAGAGGCGUUAAUCAAACACAAGCAGAUGAAGGAUGACGAGAUAGCUGCUCGUAACUUGGCUCGCUCUCCAAGAAGAAGAAGAAGGUCUUGACGAGUAUGAUGAAGAAUGCGGGAAAGAAAGUCAGCCGCGACGGUCUGUCCAUGCUAAGAAGAGGAGAGUUAGAGGUCCACUGGACAGGUAUGUGACUGUUCCUCCUCCUGAUGUUUUGCAAGGAAGGAAAGAUAGAAAGAGUACUCUUGGAGCUGCUUGUGAUAAGGAGGCAAGGGAAAAUGUAUGUGGAGAUAUAACUAGGUGGUUUUUGGAUGCUGGUCUUGCGUUCAAUGCAGUCAACUAUCCUAGUUUUGACAAGAUGAUUCAAUCAAUUGGGCUAUAUAGACCAGGAUUGAAACCACCAAGUAUGUAUGAAUUAAGGGUUCCAUUGCUUAAUAAAGAAGGGCAGAACACUCUUGUCCAAAUUGAGGAUAACAAGAAGGAGUGGGCUAGUAAAGGAUGUUCACUUAUGUCUGAUGGUUGGAGAGAUUCAGUGGCUAAGAAAGACAUUGUCAACUUCCUAGUUAAUUCCCCUAAAGGUUCUGUUUUCAUUAAGUCAAAAGAUGUUUCCGAAGUGGUGAAAGAUGCAACGUUGUUGUUUAAGUUGCUAGAUGAUAUGGUUGAGGAAAUAGGAGAAGCUAAUGUAGUUCAAGUCAUCACAGACAAUGCAAAGAACUACAUAAAAGCUGGAAAAUUGCUUGAAGCAAAAAGACCUCAUCUCUACUGGACUCCAUGUGCUGCACAUUGCAUUGAUCUAAUGUUGGAGGACAUUGGAGAAAUUCCAGCAUUGAAGAGUGCAAUGAAAAAAUGCAUGUUCAUGAAUGGAUAUAUCUACAGCCAUGUCCCUCUUGUGAACAUGAUGAGGAAAUUCACAAAGCAAAGAAAUCUUCACAGGCCGGCUAUAACAAGGUUUGCUACUUCUUGCAUAACCAUGACUCAGUUUCUCAAACAGCAGAAGCCUUUAAGGGAUAUGGUCAAUUCUGCUGAAUGGAGUGAGUCUAAAUGGCCCAAAGAAGCUGGAGCAAGAAAAGUUAGACAGUAUCUUAUGCAAGCGAGUUUUUGGAAGAAUAUUCGACGUGCUCUGAAGAUUAUGACUCCUCUUGUCAAAGUACUUAGGAUGGUUGAUGGAGAGAAAAAACCAGCUAUGGGAUACAUUUAUGCAGCCAUGGACAGGGCAAAAGAGACAAUCGAAAGGGAUUUCAAGUGGAAUAAAGAGAAGUACGAAGAAGCCUUUGAGAUCAUUGACAAAAGAUGGCAGUGUCAGCUUCACCAUCCUUUGCAUGCUGCUGGGUAUUUCCUAAACCCUUCAAUCCAUUACAAAUAUCCCGAUGAUGUACGUUGCGCUGAAGUGGAAGGGGGCUUGUACAAUUGCAUUGCUAGGUUGGUUCCAAAUACAGAGACUCAAGACAAGAUAAUGACAGAGUUGGAUUCUUUCAAGGACGCUUCUGGUAUCUUCGGACACGACAUGGCCAUUAGGCAAAGAGAUAUCAAAGCACCAGCUGAAUGGUGGUUUUGUUAUGGAUCUUCUGCUCCAAAUUUGAGAAGCUUUGCUGUUAAGAUCCUUAGUCUGACUUGUAGUGCUACUGGUUGUGAAAGAAAUUGGAGUGUUUUCCAACUUCUUCAUACAAAGAAGAGAAAUCGCCUAGCACAACAUCGGCUGAACAACAUGGUUUUUGUGAAAUACAACAGAGCUCUAAAACGCAGAAGCUUGAGAAGUGUGUGUGCCACCAGAGAUCCUAUUCUUUUGGAUGAAAUUGAUGACAGCAAUGAGUGGUUGAUUGGAAGAAUGGAUGGAGAUUCAUCUGAUAAUGAUGAUUUGGUGUGGGGAGAUGAUGAUUUGUCAUGGAAUGAUGUGAGCCAAGCUAUGGGUGUUGAAGAACCCAGCUAUUCUACUAGAGGAGUUGGAGCAAAAGGUGCAAGUUCAUCUACAACAGAUAAAGGAAAAGGUAUUGCUAGCUCAAACCAGAAGCAAUCAUCUGCGCCUGCUAUGAGAUUGGUUGAUGAAGAAGAUGAGUUGUAAGAAGAUUUAGAUGAAGAUGACCUUGGGUAUGAGGAUGUUGAGUACGAUGGUGAAGAUGACAAUAAUGGUGUUUCUGAAGAUGAAUUUUAGGUAUUGGUUUUGAGUUAUUCAUUAUGAUAUUAUCUUUUGGUUUCUACAUUUGAGACUUUGUUUUUGGGUU